AAGGAUUCCGCAUGACAUCACCAACGUCCUAGAUAGAAAGUACGGAAAACCAACAAGCCAAAAAGCAAAUGCGUGUAACACCCGCUGAUACUUGCCCAAUACGCAUAAGAUCUGAAGUCUUCAUAGCCUCACAAUGUUAACGUGGACGCCGACAACGCCGCAAAACAACGCCGCAAAACUGCGUAAAGAUGGCGAUCUUGCUUGAAGCUGUGACGACGUAUUCUCAAUCAAUUACGAGAGAAAGGCUGAUGGCGGAUGGGAAAGAGCUUGAAGGUAAACGAAAAGUCAACGACACUUGAGAUAUAAAAGGGGUUGGUUUCGUCCAAACUUAGGUUGUGUAUUAUCUCUACCAUCACAUUCACAUCUCGAUCAAUAUCACCAUCAAUCAGCACACUAUCUUAUCAUUUCGCUACCUAGUUUAAAAACCACCAAAAAGCCAAAUUAACACUAUCAUCAUGUUCUCCGCAAAGACCUUCCUCCUUUUUGUUGCCGCGGCCGCCAGCCCCUUAGCUACCGCCCUGGCCGAAAACGGGACGGUAGAGGCUGCCGACUUCUGGGCCAUGUUCUGCGACGACACAGAGUGCUCCCAGAACUGUGGCCAGUCUGUACAAGUCUCGAACCCCGGCUGCCUCAACCAGAACGGCCGCCAGUCCAUUCGAUUCCACGGUGGCGACGUCGGCUCGGGUGACUACUCCCUGGUCAUUUCCCCUAGCGGCGACUGUCCUUGCCAGGAGUCGUGUUCGAGCAUUCCUACCAACACUGAGUGCUGGGACAUCUCGCGAUUCCAGGAUGCCAAGUCAUUCCGGUUCAUCGGAGGCCACUGCGACGGCAACAACUGCUAAGUUUCGCUUCCACGGGAUGCGCUAGGAUGCUAUCAGCCGCGGGCUUAUUACCUAGGGCGCGAAUCACGCUGCAAAAUAUUGGGUUUCAGUCAGGGAAAACCGUUAACUCUCUUUCCAUUAUUGAAGUUUUGAUUUAAAUUGUACAUCAUGUGUGGAGGGUCAUAUUUCAGGAAUUUCAUCGAAACGUUAUCAUAGAGUUUACUAUUAGUCAUUCGUUUCAAUGCUAUUUUAUUUAUACGAUGGUUAGUUGGUUUUUUGAAACAUGCUAACAGAUAAAUGGGUUUUAUUCGUCUUUUGAAGUUACAUGAGGCACCACGUCCGAGGUGCACAAAAGCCCUGAGUUUACGAACGUCAUUCGUCUUAACGUCUUACGUUUUACGUCUUUAACCUUUCGGGUAUUAUAAGUAUCGUGGGUAUCUUAGGUAU